UGGCAAUGGUGCAGCUCCGGCCACGCUCGUCGCGUAUCCCCGCGCCGGCGGAGGCGAUGGUGGACGAGGACCAGCCGGCCUCGGAGGAGGAGGAGGCGGAGCACGGUUUGCUGCUCGCGCAGCCCAGCAGCGGCGCUGCCGCGGAGCCGCUGGACGAGGACGAGGACGACGAGGCCCCGGAGGAGCUGACUUUCGCUAGUGCCCAGGCGGAAGCGAGGGAGGAGGAGCUGCGCGUGCGCGAGACCGCUCGCAGGGAUAAAACGCUGCUGAAGGAGAAGCGGCGGCGGCGCGAGGAGCUGUUCAUCGAGCAGAAGAAAAGAAAACUGCUUCCAGACGCUGUUUUAGAGCAGCUAACGACAGCUUCAGAGGCUGACAUAAAGGAAUCAUCAGGAAACGAAAAAGGUAAUUUGAAAAAGGAAAGUGAACACCAUGCAAAAGGAAGAAACUCCAAAAAAGUUAAAAUACAGAAAGUGCAGUCUGUCGGUCAGGCUAAAAGCUACUUGGCUGUAAGGCUAAAAGAUCAAGAUCUGAGAGAUUCAAGGCAAGAAGCAGCCAAACACUUCAUCCACAACUGUUUAUAUGGUUCAGGAUCCAAGAGGACUACUGUAAACAAGUUCCUAUCUCUGAACAAUAAGAGGUUACCAGUGAAAAAGGCUGCUGCCCAGUUUCUGAAUACCACCUGGGGUGCUCAGAAACAACAAAAUGCCAAGAGGUUUAAAAAACGGUGGAUGGCCAAAAAGAUGAAAAAGAAAACUUACAAGUGAAUUGAAGUAAAGCUAAAUGAAGAACCUGUACUUUGUAUGUAUAGAAUUUAAGGUUACUUGGAGUAGAGGAUUAACUUCUCAAAAUCUAGUCAUUCAUAAAUCAUUGUAAAGGAUCAUUAUAAAAACCAUAAACUUUUCUGUUUGGGAAAA